UAACAUCGGUGAGCGUCGACAUCAUGAGUACCAUUAAUUUGCGUGUACACUAGAAAAAGAAGAAGCAUUGUAUAUUUAAAAAUUGUGUUUUCGACUGCUUACAAAAAUAUCAAAGAAAGGUUUUUUUGGGCCUUGUGACUUGUGUGUACAUUGCACACAGCUCCAGCUGAUCAAGUACGGCUUUAAACAAUAUAUAAAACGUGUAAACAUUGCAAAUAUUGUGAAGAGUGAAUAGAAACACUAUCUAGAAUGAGUUUUCAUAGUUGGCUUUUGCGACGGGAAAAUGGGAUCCUAAGAAGUCAUGGCGAUCAGGAUUUUAUUAUGCGCCGCAUAUAUAAAUCAAUGCGACCUUUAUACCAAUGGAAUGACAAAUAUAAUAAAUCCAAUAAUAGUCCUUUAACAGUAAACGUUGGCGGCGUAUUCAACUUGGAAUUCUCUCCAGAAGGGAAUUUAUUGGUUGCCGCUUGUGAAAAAAAGGCAAUCGUACUGUUCGAUGUCGUCAGCAGACAAUCUACACAGAGAAUCAUGGAGGCGCAUACAUCAAAUGUGAACUGCAUCAAAUUCCUUGACAGUAAGCAUUUUGCCACGUGCUCCGAUGAUACGACUAUCGCUCUUUGGGAUUUACGCUUCAUGAAAACGAAGAUGCGCAGCCUUCAAGGGCAUUCGAAUUGGGUGAAAAGCAUAGAAUACUCAAAAAAAGAUAAUCUGCUGGUAACAUCUGCAUUCGAUGGAAGUAUUUUUACAUGGGAUAUUAAUUCAUAUACUGAACAAGGACUGAUAUACCAAAAAGUUUUCCAUACAAGUGGCUUAAUGCGAUGUCGCAUAUCACCUGAUUGUUCAAAGCUUGUUUUGUGUACGACAGGCGGAUAUCUCAUGAUCAUACACGAUUUAGACUUAACAACCUUACACAAAGAUUUGUGUGGCUUUCGUCCUAUAAUAUAUAGGCUGAUGCAGAUGGGCAAACAGUAUAUACCUCAAGCAGCCAAGUUUGAUCAUGUAUUUUCGAAAAAGCAGAAAAAGAACAGAGUUGAAUUGGUUACAGAUUUUCCAGAAGAGAAUGAUGCUGAGGUUAUUUUGGCAUUGGAGGUACAUCCGAAGGGACAUUGUUUCCUUAGCCGGAAUAUAAGUUAUGAUGGCGCAACAGAAUGGUUGACAGUGCAUGAUUUGGAGGAAGAAUCUGAAGACAUUACUGAAAUUGAAAAGAAAAUUAAUGAAAGUGACAUUAAUAGACGAAAACGUAAACGAUCCCCUGCUACAAAUAAAGGUGAAGGCGAAGCAGAUCAAAGUCAACCAGCAAGCAGUAGUCGAGAAAACACAGAGGAUGUAUUGUUAAAUGUUAAUCGUAGGUUGCGUGGUCCUCGAUCAAAUCUUACAGAUCCUGUUACUCAGUUUGCAACGGCAGAAGUUGAUGCGGCAUCGGGUAGCGGUGGAAUGCCUGUAUUUGUUCCCGAUAUUUGGGCCGCCGAGGUCACUAUGCGUGACCGAGCUUUGCGGCAGAACAGAGAACGCGAAACGAAUUCAACUAAUCUUUACAAUUUUGUGUAUGCAAUAAGCAGCGGUGUACUGCCUGCAGCAGCACCCAAUAGAGAUUCCACUACCUCAUUGCCUAUGUCUAGAAAUUCUGGAUUUAGAUUGCUCCGUGGUGCCACAGUAAAUGCGAGCAGCGACGAAAGUAGUACUUCAAGUGAUGACUCACCGCCUAAUCACCGUUUAAGGAGCAGACACCGUCCCUUGUCGCCUGUAUCAUUAUCAUCAACAGCAUCAUCAAGACAAACCGGAAAUCAUUCCGAUAGAAAAAUCUUUCAAAACCCAAAAAAGUUGACCCAUUACAUAAAAGAAUUGAACAAAGAGAAAACAUUCAUAAAGGAACCAUGUUUUUCAUCAGAUGGUCGCAUCAUUUGCUCACCAUUUGCGACAGGAGUGCGACUGCUGGGAUUCUCUGACGAUUGCUCAAUUUAUCCAUAUCCGCAAAAUGUUUCAAGUUCAGAUAGAAAAUCGCAGCCAUUGUCAGAGAUUCUUACCAUGAGAGCUCACUCAGAAAUAGUUUUAAGUUCGAGAUUCAGCCCUCGGGAACCACUAUUAGUAACAGGUUGUCGCAGUGGUAAAAUAGUCUGGUAUCAGCCAAAUCUUUGAAGAAUUCAUAUUCUAAAAAGUAUCCAAAACAUAUAUAAUGCAUUGGUUAUUUAAUUACAAAAUGAGAAUAAAAAUACGAACUAGUUUUUUUUCUAAGAUAGGACUUGUAUUAUAAACUGUUGAAUGCGCUUUGAACAAGAAGGACCUUCAUGGGCUUGCAUUUGUUCCAAAUGAAUAAAACACAAAUAACUUUAAUACAAAAUACCAGUGUU